AUGAAGACACAAGCGGGUCUCGCCGUGCUGGCUGUAGCGGUUCUCGCCUCGGGAUGCAGCGCCGAGGCGACAAGGGAGGUGGCCGGGUCGAGGGAUCUGUUCGACCAGAUGGUGCAGAGCUUGGCGAGCAAGUGGAUGCCCGGUUACAGGGGAGACGGGUUGCAGUGGAGCGUGCAUCCGCUGCCGAGGAACGUCAAGAGGCAGAACAGCGCCAGUCCAAUGGUGCUCCAGCCUGCUGGAGAUGAGGACGGGCAGGGGUUGGGGUCGUUAGCUGGACUGUUUGGGGGAGGAGGCUCGGCAUCGGUACUUGCUGCUUCGCCGAGUAGGUCGGCGACCCAGGCGAGUGCUACGGACUCUGCUAGUGCCUCCCCCGCAUCUUCGGCUGCCUCCUCAGCCGCGACUCCGAGCGCAGAUCGGUCCGCCAGCUCCACCUCGGCCACAUCGAGCAUCCCCACCGCACCGGCAUUUUCAUUCUCCACGCCCAGCCCCAGCGCCUCGUCGACGUCGUCCAGCGUGUCGUCGACGGCUUCGGCGCGACCUUCGAUGUCUGCGCAGAAGGACGACGACGCACCUCCGCCCUCGUUGCUCUCGCCCAAGCACAAAUUCUUCCCGCUCGUCGUGGCGGGCAUGGCGGCAGCGGGACUGCUGGCGCUCAUGCUGUUGAUCGCCAUCGCUCGCGCAGUAGCACACGACCAGCUACGCCGCGACAAACUCAAGCAGUCGUACGGCUUCGACGAGUACUCGGACAAGCCGGGCAAAACAGGCGACAAGUUCACCUCGAACCCCGGAGUGGGUGCAGCGCGAUCGCUGCGUCGCGCAAUGACGCGCAAGAAGCUCGGUAGCUUUGCGCGUCGCACCGCGGACGGGAGCGUACUGAUCGAGGUGGGCGAUGAGGUGUUUGCGGUUCCGCCGCAUCUGGCCGAUUCGUACCGCGACCGCAUCCUGCGCGAGAAGCGCUCGCGCUCGGAUCUGAGCCAGGAGGGGCUGUUUGGGAACGUCCAGCCGCGUCACCUGAACGAUGGUGGUCCCGAUGCGGAUGACAGCACCGCCAGGGCUGCGUACGAUACGAUGCUCCAGGGCGAGCAGCGUCCGUCGCGCAGUCUGAGUCAGAGACUCACGGACAGGUUCAAAUCGAUCACCACCUCCCCCAAGCCUAUGGGGGCGUAUUCGUUCGAUGCACGCGAAAAGGGCGCUGUCCGACAGGUCGACCUCGCCCGACCUACGCUCACCAAGGGCGGUGCAGAAUGGGUGGUGGAGCGAACCAGUGCACGACCUCCUCCUCCUCGCGAUACCUCCAAACCGGUCACACGCAAGGCGCCACCCAAGCUCGAGUUGUCGACGCUGACGGCCAAGUUGCAGGAUCUGGAGAAGCAGAGUAAUGUCUCGAGCUCGUCGGGGCACAGUCGACGACUACCUGCCGAGGCGAGUAUCUCUCGCUCGGCUGCAUCGUCGGCGUCUGCCAACGGCACUUUUGGUGGAAGUGGAUCAGGGUCUGAUCUGGAGGCAGGUUUACCGGGCGCGUUUCCGGAACGAUCCAAGUCGCUCGCAAGAGCUCGUAGCGUCAAACCGCUCAUCCUGUCUACGGAGCGAGUGGGAGGGUAUCGUCAUCGCCAUCCCGACGCACACCGCUCCCGAACCCAAGUUCGACCGACCAAACCGCUCGAACGCAAGUCCACCGUCGCCCUAGCCUCCCCGACUCGCUUCAGCCACGACAAGAACCCCGCACUCGUGGUACACCCCGAAAAGCCCCAGGCCGCUUUCCGUCCGCUACCCGUUCCUCCCCCCUUCACCCUCCCCAAAUAA